AUGGCUGGAAUAAACCGCCCUAUGAGCCAAAUGCGAAAGCUUGAAGCGAAGGAGUCCCUCUUCCACGCUCGCAAGCGCAUCUUACAGCAGCUGGUGCUGGGCUGGCUGCGACAGGAGGGUCUGCUGCAGACCGCCGACAUGCUGGCUACCGAGGCCGGCCUGGGGGAGUACGAGCUGUGCGACAACAUCGACCUGGAUAUUGUGCUGCAGGAUUACUGUAGCUACUACCUGAUGCGGUUCAACAAGGCGCCUCAGUUCUGUCGCAAGGUUGAGGAGCGGCCAAACAGCAGACCACCAAGCCGCCGCCCGCAGACGCGUAAAGCCAGGGUGGUGGAAACUGAGGUUAAGGAGGUGCAGGUGCCGGUGGUCACUGUUACGAGGUUGUUGCAGGAAAACACAAUAGCAGCUACCGAAACUAUACCCACUAUUGAGAGGAAGCCCAUCGCUGGUUUCCUGGCAAACGCGUCUCCGGAGAAGAAGGCGAUAGCAGAGAUGCUGUACCAGUGCAUCAUCAGAAAUUCUGGUGUGGAGUGGGACGAUGUGAAGGGCCUGGAUGACGCUAAGAGUAUCCUGAUGGAGUCCGUCGUGUAUCCUGUCAAAUAUCCAGACCUCUUCACUGGUCUUCUGGAACCCUGGCGCGGGGUGCUGCUGCACGGUCCCCCUGGGUCUGGCAAGACCCUGUUAGCUCGGGCAGUGGCUGGCGAGAGCGGCUGCGUGUUCUUCAACAUCACCUGCAGCACGCUGGUCAAUAAGUGGCGAGGGGAGUCUGAGAAGAUUGUUAAGGUGCUAUUCGAGAUGGCGUCUUACUUCUCCCCCUCGGUGAUAUUCAUGGACGAGGCGGAGGCGCUGACGUGCAGUCGGCAGCACGAGCACGAGGCGUCGCGCCGGCUGACCUCGCAGCUGCUGGCCGAGCUGGACGGCGUGAAGACACGGGAGGGCAGCGUGCUGUUGAUGAUGACCACCAACAUGCCCUGGGAAAUAGACCCAGCGAUACUUAGAAGACUAGAGAAGAGGAUCUUCAUUCCCCUCCCAGAUUUCAGCGCUAGAGUGGAACUCUUCAAGAAGUAUCUAGGAGGUGUGGACAUACAGAUAACACCUGCGGUGGACUAUGAGGAGUUGGCGCGAAAGACUGAGGGCUACUCGGGGAGUGACGUCAAGCUGGCGUGUAAAGAGGCCUUAAUGACGGGCGUGAGGAAGGUCCUUAAGGGAGGGAAUAAUCAGAACAAAAUCGAGAAGAUAUCGUUAUCGGACGUGCUAGAAGCGAUAGAGAAGACCAAACCUGUCUCCAGGAACCUGUCCAAGCGGCAUCAGGACUGGCAGAGAGAGAUGGGAUCCACUUAGUAACUAAACUGCGACCAAUAUCUAGAAUUUUCCUCAAAU